UUUAUCGACCUCAUGAGACUACGUCGUUUCAGGAAAAGAAUCUCUCAUCUGUUAUCUCCUUCCUUCCCACCGCACCUUGCUGGACUGGUUCUUCCUUUUUUGGUUUCUCAUCUUCUGCCCAAUGGGCUCUCUACAAUUAUUCUAUUUUCCAACCAUUAUUCUCACUAGCUGCAAGUCUUCCUCUCAGCGCCAAUCUUCACCAAUUCAUUACUUUUAGUUUUGUUUUUUCAAUCUGUUUCCUCUACAAAAUCCGAUUAUUUUGUCCACUUUCUGAACACUCAAGGGGCCUCUAAGGAUAUUUCGUUACUGGGUAUCCAUUAUCUGAAAAAAAAAAAAAUGUCUCUUUUCCUUAAAGCUUUGCCUUUGAUGGCCAUCCGCACGAGGCCAUCUUUGGCGUUUCUCUGCAGAGUUCCCAGCGCCAUUCCACUGACACUUUCCAGAACAAGAAACGUGUUCUCCGUUUCUGCUUCAACACAAACAUCUCCUUCUACUUCUGAAACACUCACUUCUAAUGCCAAACCACCUUUUGCCCUGAGUGAAUCCCUUGAGUGGGUCAACAGGACUGCACUUUGUGGUGAAUUGACUUUGAAUGAUGUGGGAAAAAAGGUCCAGCUUUGUGGGUGGGUUGCCCUUCACAGGGUCCAUGGUGGCCUUACAUUUCUUAAUCUCAGAGACCACACUGGCAUUGUUCAGGUUACAACCCUUCCGGAUGAAUUUCCAGAUGCCCAUUCUGCUAUCAAUGACUUGAGGCUUGAGUACGUGGUUGCCAUUGAAGGUGUUGUCAGGUCUAGGCCGAAUGAGUCAAUCAACAAGAAGAUGAAAACAGGCCUCAUCGAGGUUGCUGCAAAUAGAGUUCAAGUGCUAAAUUCUGUAAAUUCAAAGCUGCCAUUCUUAGUGACUACAGCAGAUGAUGCAAAAGACUCUCUUAAAGAGGAAAUCCGAUUGAGGUAUCGAUGUCUUGAUCUGAGGCGGCAACAAAUGAAUUUCAACAUUUUGCUUCGGCAUAAUGUGGUUAAACUCAUUCGAAGAUAUCUAGAAGAUGUUCAUGGUUUUGUGGAGAUUGAAACUCCAAUACUAUCAAGGUCCACACCAGAAGGUGCCCGGGAUUAUCUAGUUCCAUCAAGAAUCCAGCCAGGAACAUUCUAUGCCUUGCCACAAAGUCCUCAGCUAUUUAAACAAAUGCUAAUGGUAGCUGGUUUUGAUAAAUAUUAUCAGAUUGCAAGAUGUUUUCGCGAUGAAGAUUUAAGAGCUGAUAGGCAACCUGAGUUCACGCAGCUAGAUAUGGAAAUGGCCUUUACUCCUUUAGAAGAUAUGUUGACACUAAAUGAAGAAUUGAUUAGAAAGGUUUUCCUUGAAAUUAAAGGUGUGGAAUUACCAAACCCUUUUCCCAGGCUUACAUACGCUGAAGCAAUUAGUAGAUAUGGUUCAGACCGACCAGAUACCAGAUUUGAUCUCGAGUUGAAAGAUGUAUCUGACAUUUUCUCAGGGUCUUCCUUCAAGGUUUUCUCUGAUUCCUUGGAGAGUGGGGGAGUUAUCAAAGUGUUAUGUGUACCUUCUGGUACCAAAAAAUACUCAAAUUCAGCUCUUAAGAAAGGUGAUAUUUACAACGAAGCACUCAAAUCUGGUGCAAAGGGAUUGCCUUUUCUCAAGGUCUUGGAUGAUGGGAAUGUUGAGGCAAUUUCUGCUUUAGUAUCAAGUAUGGAUCCUACAACUAGAGAGAAUUUGUUAAGGCGAUGCUCUGCAGGACCAAGUGAUCUCAUUCUAUUUGCAGUGGGUCAUCAUGCGUCUGUAAAUAAAACUUUAGACCGUCUUAGAGUUUAUGUAGCCCAUGACCUAGGUUUGAUUGACCAUGGCAGGCAUUCAAUUUUGUGGAUCACUGAUUUUCCAAUGUUUGAGUGGAAUGAUCCAGAGCAGAGGCUUGAGGCUCUUCAUCAUCCUUUUACUGCACCAAAUCCUGAAGACAUGAAUGACCUUGCAUCUGCUCGUGCAUUGGCUUAUGACAUGGUUUACAACGGGGUGGAGAUUGGUGGGGGAAGUUUGAGAAUUUACAAACGUGAUAUACAACAAAAGGUUUUGGAGAUUGUUGGCAUCUCAGUGGAGCAGGCUGAAGCGAAGUUUGGUUAUCUUCUUGAAGCGCUUGACAUGGGGGCUCCACCACAUGGAGGCAUAGCUUUUGGAUUGGACAGAUUAGUUAUGCUGUUGGCGGGGGCUAAUUCCAUCAGGGAUGUCAUUGCUUUUCCAAAAACAACCACUGCACAGUGUGCCCUCACCAGAUCACCAUCUGAGGUGGAUCCGCAGCAGCUGAAAGAUCUGUCAAUUAAAACGUAGAUAUUCAACUUUACUUAUCUUUCACUCCACACCCAUUUUUGUAUUGUGCUAAGGAAUAAUUUAUGUAUACAAAGAAGAGGAGUUUUAAGCAAUUCAAUGAUUGGACAUAAACCUACUUACUCGUGUUAAUCACCACUUAACGAGCAAACAAAUUUAUAGAGAUGGAUUAUCUGAAUUACUAAUGGAUGUGGUUACAGAUUUAAUUCUACUGUUCUUAUUAUUCUGAAGGAGUGAGCAGAGGAACAAGCCCGUGUUGCUGUCUAGAUGACUGUAUAUAUAUUUGUUGGGAAAUUUGUGUGCAUAAUGCUCGUAUAUGGUUCAAACAAGAUUAUAGAUUUAUUGAGUUACACUAA